CUGCUGCUGCUGCUGCUGCUGCUGCUGUGUUUUGGACUGACCCUAGUCUCUGUCCGUGCAGAAGAAGCUAGUUCUAUGGGAAGGAAUCUUAAUGUAGAAAAGAUUAAUGGGGAGUGGUUUUCUAUUCUCCUGGCCUCUGACCAAAGAGAAAAGGUAGAAGAACAUGGCAGCAUGAGACAUUUUCUGGAGCACAUCCAUUUCUUGGAGAAUUCCUUAGCUUUUAAACUCCAUACUUUUUACCUUAUAGAUGAAGAGUGCUCCGAAAUAUUUUUGGUUGCUGACAAAACAGAAAAGACUGAUGAAUAUUCUGUGACAUAUGAUGAAUUCAAUACAUUUACUAUACUUAAGACAGACUAUGAUAAUUAUGCUAUGUUUCAUCUCAGGAUGGGAAAAACCUUCCAGCUUAUGGAACUCUUUGGCCAAGGACCAGAUUUGAGUGAAGACAUUAAGGAAAAGUUUGCAAAACUAUGUGAGGAGCAUGGAAUCCUUAGAGAAAAUAUCAUUGACCUAUGCAAUGCCA